CCCUCUUCCUCUUUGAAACGCCAAGAAUUAGAGGAAAUCAACUACCACUAAAACCCUAGAAAACUGAAAUUUAUAUUCAAUCUUCAAUGGGCGGGAGACCUAUCUCCCUCUGUUUCUUUCUUUAGCUUAACUUGAAAUUCAAGAAUCCAAAACAAAAAAUGGGUCGACCCGAACCCUGCGUUUUGUUCUCUCAAACCUUCAUUCACCCUCAACUCGAUGAGUACGUCGACGAGGUGUUGUUUGGUGAACCAAUUGUGAUUACAGCUUGUGAGUUCCUUGAACAGAACGCUUCUUCAACAUCUCAAGUUGUGCCACUUGUUGGGGCAACCUCGCCUCCUUCAUUUGCUCUUGAGGUAUUUGUUCAGUGUGAGGGUGAGACAAGAUUUAGGCGUCUAUGCCAGCCAUUUCUUUAUUCUCAUUCUUCAUCAAAUGUACUAGAAGUUGAGGCUGUUGUAACAAAUCAUCUGGUUGUAAGGGGCAGCUACCGAAGUCUAAGUUUGGUCGUAUAUGGAAACACAGCGGAGGAUUUAGGACAAUUCAACAUUGAAUUUGAUGAUAACUCUUUAACUAAUCUUGUUACUUCUGCUGAUGGAAAACUUGAGGAACUCCCUCUGGCAUUACGUUCAACUAAUAGGACAGUUCAGGAAUCUUUUACCUCUUUAAGUGUAUUAUCUUUACCUGUUGUUGCUGCAGAUAUAUCUGUUGAGGUUAAGCAGUUCUUGCAGCUAACUUUGAAGAUGUUGGAGUUGCCAAAGCUUGAGGAUUCUGUACAUGAAGUUUUAGAUGCUUUAGUUACAGCAGUCUGUUCUUUUGUUACUCUUGAUUUAUGCUCUGUGGAAGUCAACCGGAAAUGUCUCAAAAUGGGCACAUCCAAAGAGUUUGAAGAGUUGCACUGUGUUAUUAAAGAGGCUAGGAAACAGCUUCUUUCAGUGCUUCAACAUAGUUCGAAAGAUGAAUGUGCUGAGUUAUUAUCAGAGUGUACUUCUUUUGAAUUUCAUGCUGAUUUGGCUACUUCCAAACAACUAGUGGACAUGUUAUCCCAAUACUUAUGUUUUAGCAGGAACUCCACAAAUGCUGGACACCAUCAGCUUUCACAGAACAAGAAUAUCAUUUUGGGGCUCAGUCUAGCUCUUUUGUUGUCCUCUGGUAGAGAAAGCUGCUUCCAAUUUGUCAAUAGUGGAGGAAUGGAGCAUCUUGCAGAUAUUUUCUCUCGUGACAUGCAUGAUUUUUCUGCCAUUAUGUUACUUUUACUUGGAGUUAUUGAGCAAGCUACUCGUCAUUCAAUUGGUUGUGAAGGAAUUCUAGGGUGGUGGCCCCGUGAAGAUGAAAACAUUCCAUCUGGUAUUAGCAAAGGCUACAGUCAACUAUUGAAGCUUCUGUUGCGAAAGCCACGCCAUGAUAUUGCUUCCAUGGUAACAUAUGUUCUUCAUCGCUUACGAUUUUAUGAAGUUGCUUCAAGAUAUGAGUGUGCUGUUCUGUCUGUAUUGGCGGACUUUAAUGCCAUAGGAAGAGUUACAAGUGCUACUUCAGACAUGCUAAACAAUGCGAAAUCUCAAUUGAAGAGGCUUUUGAAAUUGAUAAAUUCACGUGGUCCAGUUGAAGAUCCUUCUCCAGUGGCCAGUGCAAGUAGGUCAUUGAUCCUUGGUCAAACAGAUGGAUGGUUGUCAUAUAAAGCAACUGGUAGCUUAAUUGGUUCAUCAAGCUGCUGCUUUUCAAACUGGGAUGUUGACUUUCAUUUGCUUGCACUCCUGAAGGAAAGGGGAUUCCUUCCUUUAUCAGCUGCAUUGUUGUCAUCAACCGUAUUGCGAUCAGAAGCUGGAGAUACCACGGAUGCAUUCAUUGAUAUUGCUUCAACUAUUGGGGCCAUACUUCUUUCAUUACUCAUGUCACGCUCAGGUUUAAUUUUCCUUUCACAGCAUCCUGAACUAUCGACUACAAUAGUUGAUGCUUUGAGGGGUACGGGUGAUAUAAAUAAGGAAGAAUGUGUUCCUCUUCGAUAUGCAUCAGUUUUAUUGUCAAAGGGCUUUGUUUGCAGUCCGCGGGAAGUUGGGAUUAUUGUUGAGAUGCAUUUGAGGGUGGUUAAUGCAAUUGAUCGUUUGGUUGCUUCAGCUCCUCAUUCUGAAGAGUUUUUAUGGGUGUUGUGGGAGCUGUGUGGUCUCUCAAGGUCAGAUUGUGGACGCCAGGCUUUAUUGGUUCUUGGAUAUUUUCCAGAGGCUGUGUCAACCUUGAUUGAAGCUUUACAUUUUGUUAAGGAAGCAGAGCCGGUUUCCAAGAAUAGUGGAUCUUCGCCAAUUAAUCUUGCAAUUUUUCACUCUGCCGCUGAGAUUUUUGAAAUAUUAGUUAAUGAUUCAACUGCAUCCUCCCUGGGUUCUUGGAUUCAACAUGCUAUGGAACUUCAUAAGGUGUUACAUUCUUCUUCCCCUGGGUCUAAUAGGAAAGAUGCUCCAACUCGGCUGUUGGAGUGGAUAGAUGCUAGUGCAGUUUAUCAUAAAAAUGGUGCUAUUGGCCUUUUACGGUAUUCUGCGGUGUUAGCUUCUGGAGGGGAUGCUCAUUUGACCUCUACCAGCAUUCUGGUGUCAGAUUUGACAGAUGUAGAAAAUUUGAUUGGAGAUGCUUCUGGUGGUGCUGAUAUAAAUGUAAUGGAUAAUCUUGGAAAAAUUGUCUCUGAGAAGACUUUUGAUGGUGUUGCACUUCGCGACUUGUCUAUAGCACAGUUGACAACAGCUAUUCGAAUAUUGGCAUUCAUUUCAGAAAACACAACUGUUGCUACUGCUCUAUAUGAUGAAGGUGCCAUAACAGUAAUCUAUGCAAUUAUAGUCAACUGUAGCUUGAUGCUUGAGAGGUCUGCAAAUAAUUAUGAUUAUCUUGUUGAUGAGGGUACAGAAUGCAAUUCUACUUCUGAUUUGCUAUUGGAACGCAGCCGUGAGCAGAGCUUAGUUGACCUUUUGAUUCCUUCUCUGGUAUUGCUAAUCACCCUUUUGCAAAAAUUACAGGAAUCUAAAGAGCAGCACAGAAAUACGAAACUAAUGAAUGCCCUUUUGCGACUGCAUCGAGAAGUAAGUCCAAAGCUAGCUGCAUGUGCGGCAGACCUAUCCUCAUCUUAUCCUGAAUCUGCACUUGGUUUUGGAGCUGUCUGUCAUCUUCUUGUGUCAGCACUUACUUGUUGGCCUGUAUAUGGCUGGACUCCAGGGCUUUUCUCUUCUCUUCUUGCCAAUGUUCAAGUUACUUCAGUGCUGGCCUUGGGGCCAAAGGAAACUUGCAGUUUGCUAUGCCUUCUGAAUGAUUUAUUCCCUGAGGAAGGAAUCUGGCUUUGGAAGAAUGGAAUGCCUUUGUUGAGUGCCCUAAGAGCAUUGGAUGUUGGUACAAUAUUGGGGCCACAGAAGGAGAAACAGAUCAACUGGUAUUUGGAGCCUUCGCAUCUUGAGAAACUGCUUAGCCAAUUAUCGCCACAACUUGAUAAAAUUGCACAAAUUAUCCAACAUUAUGCUAUAUCUGCACUGGUAGUCGUCCAAGACAUGCUUAGAGUUUUUGUAAUUCGAAUUGUCAGUCAAAAAGUUGAAAAUGCUUCUGUUCUUCUGAGGCCCAUACUAUCCUCCAUCCACAAUCAUGUUUCUGACUUAUCUUCUCCAUCAGACACAGACAAUUACAAGGUUUACAAAUACCUUGACUUCAUUGGUAGCAUAUUGGAACAUCCGUGUGCCAAGGUUCUGUUAUUGGCAGAGGGCUUUCCUCAGAUUCUAUUUAAAGUGCUGGAGAAGUGUUUUAGUUUUAUUAAUUUAGAUGAGAGACUGAUUUCAGACAGUAACACUUCAGCUAAAUAUGGGUGUACUUCGAUUAGUUGGUGCCUUCCUGUAUUCAAGUGUUUGUCACUUCUAUUGGGUUCUCAAACAUCUUUAGUAUACCCUGGGAGGCAUGAUCUGCUCAGUUCUGCAAAUUUUAGCAACACAGAUUGUUCGGUGAUAUUACGAUAUCUUCUCAAGUUCAGCCAGGUUUUGCCAGUUGGAAAAGAACUACUCUCUUGUCUAGCAUGCUUCAAAGAAUUAAGUUCUUGCAAUGAAGGUCGAAGUGCUUUAAUGACCUUAGUACACAAUAUCAACACCAGUAUCGAGGGGCUUGGAUCAGAAAAAGGGCCUGAAUGGAAUGGAAAUUAUAACACUGAUGAUUUUGAAUGGAAAAAGCAUCCUCCUUUGCUGCAUUGCUGGAAGAAGUUGAAGAAAUCAAUAGACUCAAAAGAUGCAUUGUCAGCUUAUGCAAUUGAAGCUGUUAACCAACUGUCUAUAGGUUCAGUGUGCUUUUGUCUGGAUGGUAAAAGUUUGAGUUUGAAAGCAGUGGGUGCAAUAAAAUAUCUUUUCGGGGUUCUUGAUGAUAUGGAUGGAACAGAUAGCUCUCCAGAAAUUACAACUUUAAUGCAGGAAAUGAUUACACUUUUGAGUUCAAAGGCAUCAGAUGAUGACUGUUUAACCACAUCAGAGCAGGCCACUUUACAUAAGGUUUCAGAGUCUGUAAAGUCGUUGCUGUCAUUGUUGGAAAAACCUACUGGUUCAGUUACAUUGGAUUUAAUCAUGUGCAGUGAUGGCAUUCCUUUGUCACCAAAUGAUUUUAUGGCGUCUUCAAAUGUAACUCAGAUAUCAGAUGCUAAUGCUGCAAAAAUUGAUGAUUUUCUUUACCUUGGUGACCUUGGAGAGAAGUAUCUGUGGGAAUGUCCUGAGACAUUACCUGAUAGACUGUCACAAUCUCUCCCUGGCAAAAGGAAAUUGUCAACUUUGGAUGGCGCUGGCAAGCGUGUUAAAGGAGAAAGUUCAGCGGCAGAUAUCACAAGCCAAAACACAUUUUCCCGGGGAUUGGGUCCAUCUACUGCCUCUUCUGGUCCAACUCGCAGAGACACCUUUAGGCAGCGAAAACCAAAUACUAGCAGGCCACCAUCAAUGCAUGUGGAUGACUAUGUAGCAAGGGAAAGAAAUGUUGAUGGCACUACCAAUUCUACUGUUAUAGCAGUCCAGCGAGUAGGAUCUACUGGUGGAAGACCUCCCUCAAUUCAUGUGGAUGAAUUUAUGGCCAGACAGAGGGAGCGCCAGAACCCUAUGGCACCUGUAGUUGGGGAGCCAUCAGCACAAUUGAAGAAUGCAGCUCCCAGUGGUGAUGCAGAUAAGGAAAACGUAAACAAGUCUAAGCAGUUGAAAUCAGAUCCUGAUGAUGAUCUUCAGGGAAUAGAUAUAGUUUUUGAUGGUGAGGAGUCUGAACCUGAUGAUAAAUUGCCCUUUCCUCAGCCUGAUGAUAAUCUGCAACAGCCUGCUCCUGUCGUUGUUGACCAAAGUUCUCCUCAUUCGAUUGUUGAAGAAACAGAGAGUGAUGUUAAUGGAAGUGGUCAAUUUCCUCAUUUGGGUACACCCUUAGCAUCUAACGGUGAUGAGAACACCCAAAGUGAGUUCUCUUCAAGAAUGUCUAUUUCAAGGCCUGAAAUGCCAUUGACUCGAGAGCCAAGUGUCUCUUCAGAUAAGAAGUUUUUUGAUCAUUCCGAUGAGACAAAGAAUCUUAUUUCAGUUAAGACCUCUACUGGGUUUGAUUCUGUUGCAGCUGCUAGCACUUCAGGCUUUCCUACUUCCAUUUAUAAUAAGGCAUCAGCCUCAUCUGCGCAGUUAGCAGUGGAUUCUAGGGUGACUCCACAGAAUUUCUAUGCAAAGAAUAGUCCACAAAAUGCUUCAGGAUCUCGUGGAAUUUAUGAACAGAAAGUUCCUCUAAAUCAACCACCUUUGCCUCCGAUGCCGCCUCCGCCCAUAAUCUCACCUUUAGCAUCUCAGAAUCCUGACUUCCCAAGUCAAUCAUCCCCCUUCAUCAACUCUUUGACAGAUUUGCAGCCACCGCUUCCAACAGGAUUCCAAGUUCAGUCAGAUUAUCUAUCUGCAUCAUUAGCUUCAUCCCUACCCAUGUCAGAUUCCAAGUAUCCACGGGCUUCUAUCUCUUCUCCCAGUGGGUCUGCUGGGCCUCAUCCACCACUUCCUCCUACACCGCCUCCCUUCUCAUCUAGCCCAUAUAAUUUGCCUUCUUUAAAGGCUUCUACUUCCCAAUCUUCUGUAUAUGCUAUUGGAACUACUGAGCUUCCCCAGAGCUCUAUUUCACCUGUAGUUGAUGCUCGAUUAGGAAAUCUUUCUGCAACAGGUGGUGGACUAACUACAUAUUUACCUCCUCCUCUAAUGCCUCCCAUGGUUUUCAAUAGGCCAGCUGCAAUUCCUGCAACUCUCUAUGGGAACACCUCAACUCAGCAGCAAGGCGAUAACCCGGCUAUCUUGCAAAAUCUCUCUGUUCCUCAGUCUUCAAUUCAGUCAAUUCAUCAGUUACAGCCUCUUCAGCCGCCACUUCAACGCCCUUCACAGCCACCUCAACAUCUUUGGCCACCUGUACAAUCUUCUCAGCAGCUUGAGCAAGGAUUAUCUUUGCAAAGCCCUGUCCAAAUGCAUCAAUUACAAAUGCUGCAACAGCCACAAAUCUCUCCUAUGCAUACCCAUUAUCAAUCUCAGCAGCAAGAAGUUUCUCAGUCAAGGCCAAUGCAACAGCAAGUUGAACAUGCUCAACUACAAGUUCAGCAUCAGCAAGGAGAUAUUGCAGCUCGGCAGCAACAAGAAUUAGGAAUGUCAUUGCAUGAAUACUUCCAGGACCCGAAAGCUAUUACAUCUCUGUUGAGUAACAAGGAAGAACUCUGUCGGCUUUUGGAGCAGAAUCCGAAACUAAUGCAGAUGCUUCAGGAAAGGUUGGGGCAACAAUAGCAACAUUUUUGUGGAAUUCAAUUUUGAAACCUUCAUCAGAAUACGUACAAGCCCACUUUUGAGACAUGGCUACCCUGGUUCUGUACUGCAAGAAUUAUCCCUUCUGCUAUUCAUGUCCCAACUGAAAUUUUGUAUUAUUGUUGUACUAUAUAUAUAGCUAAUGUAAAUAAUCUUAUUUACAGAAGGGUAUCAUUGAACUGUCUUAUCUGUUAACUCCUUUAUCAUUUUUUA